CUGUGGUCAGUUGCUAACGGUGUUGUAUCGUUGAUGGAUUUAUUCCGUGGUCUUCGUGAAAUACGAUUUCAAUAAAAACUUAUCAUAAAUAUCGAACUUUUCACAUAACAUUAUCUUAUCACGCGUCCUCGAAGAUUAAUCGAUGAUGCAUAACACUAGCUGCGCCCAAACUCCGACAGUGUUGUGAUGUGCUACUUUGCGAAUAUUGUUGUAUAAGUUGGUUUGGUUGUUAGUCACGCGUGAUUUUUAGUGAAAGAAAAUGUCUGGGCAAAGAGAAACUACCGUUUCGGUGCCGCUGACGCCGACGAGGUCUGAUUUGUACUGGCGGAGAAUAUUUAACAAAUACGACCGAGAUUCGGACGGCAAGAUAUCCUACGCGGAACUCAAAGAAAUCAUCGAAUCCCGAGAAUACGAACACGAUCUUCCAGACAACGUAGUAGAAAAGAUCAUGGUGCUGGCCGAUAAAGACAAUUCGGGGCACCUAGACUUCAACGAGUUUGUCGAGAUGAUGCAUAAUCCGGACUUUAAGGCGGUCUUUGGGCAUUUUGUGGCGCGAUAUGUGCACUCUAUUGUGCCGCAUCGGGGGCCUGUGGAUACGACAGGAAGGUGGCCUGGGCUCCAGUAUCACUCGACUCGUGAUGGCGGGAUGGGGCCAGGAUUCCUGUACGUGCCGAAACCUCAUCGUGACGGCACCUACGAAGAGGAGUACUCGUGCUGGCCACCAGCCAUCUGCAUGAUCCUCAUCUCGCUGGUGGAGAUCGUCAUGUUUUGCUACGACGCCGCCAAUGGGAGUACGACGGCCGUGGGACCGCUCGCGAAGAUAUUCAUAUACAAUCCGAAUAGGAGACAUGAGGCGUGGCGGUUUAUCACGUACAUGUUUGUGCAUGUUGGCGUCGUUCAUCUCCUAGUCAACCUACUAGUACAGCUCUUCCUCGGCGUGCCACUCGAAAUGGUCCAUCGCUGGUGGAGAGUGACCCUAGUAUACUUGGCGGGCGUAGCAGCCGGCUCUUUAGCCACAAGCUUAACGGAUCCACGCGUCCAUUUAGCCGGUGCAUCAGGGGGAGUUUACGCGCUUAUAGCGGCGCACAUAGCUACUAUUAUAAUGAACUGGGCAGAGAUGGAGUUUGCCAUAAUACAACUUCUCGUCUUCCUUCUAUUGGCAGCAGUUGACAUCGGUACAGCAGUAUACGACCGUUAUUGGGGCGCCGGAGUCACUAAUAUCGGCUACGUGGCGCAUCUAGCCGGCGCGAUCGCGGGUCUCUUAGUCGGCAUCGGCGUUCUCCGCAACCUCGAGAAGCGGAAAUGGGAGAAACGGCUCUGGUGGGCGGCCGUCAUCAUCUACUGCUCCCUCAUGCUGGCCGGCAUCCUCGCCAACAUCUUCUGGGUGGACCACUUCCCUAAAACCCAGCUAUCUUAGAACCUGUAGGCUUGGCGUAAGGUCUUUACCAUAUGUCCUUUUUGGGUCUGUAUUGUUUUCCAUAUAGUUUUAAGUCAUAAUGUAUUGUUUGUCCACAUUUUCGUUAGUCAUAAUUUGGUUUUUCUCAGAAACGCAUAACUUUUCAGGAUUGCAAUAAAACAAACCUAACCUAACCUAUCUAUAGGAUAACCUGAGGAAAAGGGUUUCAGAAUUAUGACUAAUGAUAAUAUGACAAUUAUUACAUUAUGACUUUUAAUAAUUAUGUCAAACAAAGUGACCCCGUCCUUGUUGUUGGCUUAUAGCCAAAUUAUAGGAUGAAGUGAUAUCGACUAAAAAUAACAAUAGCCUAAGGGCCUGUUUCACAAUGUCCAAGUAAAGUCCUGAAUAAGCUACUUGCCACUUAUCUGACAAAUAAAGUCAUCGUUGGCGUUUCACAAUCUCCAAAUAAGCUUUAUCUGCUGGAUAAAGUGCUUUUUUUGUAGGAAAUUUUAUCUGGCAGUUAAUUUAUUUGUUAAUUAGCUAUCCAAUACUUUAGUUGGACAUUGUGAAACAGGCCCUAAGAGUUGUGAAAAUAGUUGUGGGCCUACUGUGAAUCAGUAUUUGUUGCUUCAUAUAGACAUAGUUUGUUUGUGUCAGAUCAGUGCGGAACUACAGUAAUUUUUAAGUGAUUUUAGUGCUAGUUAUUUAUAUGUGAACUAAACGCUUUAAGUUUAUCCUAAUCUAGCAAAGUUCUUUUUAAGCUAUUUUAAAUUGAAAAUUACAUUUUAUUUUUCGUUUAACCCGAACAGAAUGAGUGUGUUAAAAAAAAGUCAUACCUACUUUGUUAUAUCCCAUGUUGCCUUCAAAAUUAUCUUUAGAUAAUAUGAAAAUAUCAAUAUUUACGUGUUCAUGAUUGCCUUAUGAGAAUGAUUAGUAAUUUACUGUCAUUCUAAAACUUCUAAAUGUAUAUUUUGGUUUAAGAUUACCUAAGUAGUAUUUUAUAUAAGAGAAUCGCGAAAUGUCGUUGAUUACUUAUAGCCAUUUUAAAUGGUUUAAUUUUAAGUAGCUUUUUAUAGGAUGUCAAUUCGACAUUAUAACGAGGGACAAUUUCUGAUUGUCCUUUAUAUAUUGUAUAUUUAAAAAGCUUUAAUAGUUUGCUAGAAUUGAAGUUAUCGUUAUAAUAUUGAGACGUGGAAGGAAUUCAUACGACAAUGAGUGCCUUAUUUAAUUUCAAUUUCUUUCUAUUGCAUUUUGUAUGUUUGUACAUGUUUGUUAUAUUGUUCCUUAUAUGCUCAAUGUCUUUGAAGUGUCUAAUAUAUAGACGAAUAAUAUCAUUAGGAGUCAAGUUAGGUACUAUAUUUAAACAACCUAGUAAUUAAUGUUGAAUAUAAAUUAUUCGUAAUCCGCCCAAUUUUAGGCGUUUCGGUAAAACAUGAGCUUAACUUUAGCAAAGCCUGUGCAGUGAAAAAAGGCGCAUUCGUUAAAUAAUAAAUUGUAGUGUUGAAGUUUCUAUACUGAUAUAUAGUUUGUCAAAGGACUGCAUUUCAAACAUAGAGAGAAUCAUACUAUCUUUGUCUUACAGUGGUACUAGCACCCAAAAGGAUGAGAAUAGUUUUAUUUGUUCUUACUGACAAUUUGGUUUGACUAACUAUAUUAAAUAAUUUAUUUAAAAAAAUAUGUUCAUGCAGCACAAAUUUUUGAUUUAAAUUCACUUUGAUCUCACAACUUUCCAUUCUUUUAGUGAAAGAUUAUUCCGCUAUUGUAUUGUAAAUAUUGUAUUAUAUUGCAAGCAAACUUACAGAAAGCGGGGCCUUAUUCUGUGUUAAAUCUCUAUGUUAUAUACUAUUGUAUAAUUUGUUUAUACGAAGCUGUGCCUAAGUGUCAUAUUGAAUAUGUAGGUACAAUCGAAGGAUUAUUUCCCACCCAUUUUGUACUUUUGAGCUUUGUCACAGUGACAAUAGUAUGAGGUCCCUAGCGACUUUCAUAUUAAUUGUCCCUGUGACAAGGUACAAAAUGGGUCGGGAAUUAAAUUCUUCCUGUUAUUUUGUUAUUAAAGGCAAUGUAUACAUGUAAAAUCAAGUAUUUCCCUUAAUAGGUUGUUUUACGUUAAUAUCAAAUCAAACAAAAAUACAGUUGCGCCGAGAACAGCCACUCGUACCUCAUAUAUUUUGUAGUUUUGUAUUUUUAACGGGCUACAGAGAACUAUUUUAUAGUCAACAUAAAGUGAAAUUUUGUAUUCUAAAUAUAAUUAUAGAAAAGUGAUUGUAUAAUUUAAAAUACGUAACGUGGUAAAUAUUCCUUUGCCCACCAAAUUUGACUAAUCUUUCAAAAAAUUGUUUUAGCAACUUUUUCAAAUAUUCGCUUUUGAGCAAGUGUAGAUUGUAGAAAAUGUAAGAAUUAAUAAAAUAAAAUGAAAGGAAGCUUAUAUUAUUUUAAUAGGAUUUUAAUGUUUUGUAAAUAUAAGCCUAGUGUACCCAUUUUUAAGUUCCUGUGUUAUUUUUGUGAAACACGCACAAUAGUAAGUUGUGAUAAAAAUAUUUUAAAAUAAAUGCCAUUUAUAUUUA